CUGUUUUUCAGGAAAACGUCUUUAUCUUAGAGUUAAGGGAAAAAAGUGGAAAAGCAACAGAUCCGAGGGGCGUUUUAUGUUGUCGAAUAAACUCUGAAUCGUCUCUCAGGAUAAGCCGUGCUGUAGGGGAUGCUGGGGGUGUCAGAGAUGACGGGCAGCAACAUGGCCAAUGCCCUGGCAAACGCCUCGUGCGAACGGUGUAAAAGCGGCUUUGCCCCGGCGGAAAAAAUUGUCAACAGCAAUGGCGAGCUGUAUCACGAACAGUGCUUCGUCUGCGCUCAGUGUUUCCAGCAGUUUCCUGAAGGGCUCUUUUAUGAGUUUGAGGGAAGGAAAUACUGUGAGCAUGAUUUCCAGAUGUUGUUUGCUCCCUGUUGUCACCAAUGUGGAGAGUUUAUAAUUGGGCGUGUGAUUAAGGCCAUGAAUAACAGCUGGCACCCUGACUGUUUCUGCUGUGAUAUCUGCCAAGCCGUGCUCGCCGAUGUUGGAUUCGUCAAGAACGCCGGCCGCCAUCUCUGCCGUCCAUGUCAUAAUCGCGAGAAAGCUCGGGGCCUCGGGAAGUACAUCUGUCAGAAGUGUCACGCCAUCAUUGAGGAACAGCCCCUCAUUUUCAAAAAUGACCCCUACCAUCCUGACCACUUCAACUGCAGCAACUGCGGUAAGGAGCUGACUGCCGAUGCUCGCGAGCUGAAAGGUGAACUCUACUGCCUCCCCUGCCACGAUAAGAUGGGUGUGCCGAUCUGCGGAGCGUGCAGGCGUCCAAUUGAGGGCCGUGUGGUCAAUGCCAUGGGCAAACAGUGGCAUGUCGAGCAUUUUGUCUGUGCCAAGUGCGAGAAGCCUUUCCUGGGACACCGUCAUUACGAGAGAAAAGGUCUUGCUUACUGCGAGACUCACUACAACCAGCUCUUUGGUGAUGUUUGUUACCAUUGCAACCGUGUGAUCGAAGGAGACGUGGUGUCGGCUCUGAAUAAGGCUUGGUGUGUGAAUUGCUUCUCGUGCUCGACCUGUAACACCAAACUCACUCUCAAGAACAAGUUUGUGGAGUUUGACAUGAAGCCAGUGUGUAAGAAAUGUUACGAGAAGUUUCCUCUGGAGCUGAAGAAGAGACUCAAGAAGCUUGCAGAGACCUUGGGCCGCAAGUAGAUGAUCUCGCCAUCUUUGGUGCUUGAAGAAUGAAUGGAGACCAAACAAAAUCUGGGCUGUAUUUGGGCUGUAUCUGGGCUGUAGCCAGCAGAUUUUCUUUGGUCUCAUUCCAACAGAUGUUCUUGUGUCUUAACACACUGCAACCAAAACCAAAUACUUUUAUAUUGUUUAUUGAUAUAUAUAUGUACUUGCAUGUUUAUGAAGAUAAUUCUAGUUGUAGUCACACUGUUCAGAGCACGUUUUUGACAUUUGUUGCUUCAUAUGCAAUGCCACAGAGGUUUUUCUCAAGGCUGUAACCCUUCCUAUGUCUGACCCUGGGUCUGGCUUUGAUGUAUUGAUCUAAGAGUUGUAUUUGAUAUUUAAUGUAUGCUCAAGCCUCACAUAUUUCUGCCAGACAGGGGAUCAAAAGUUAAUGCAUGAUGUAAUGAGCCUAGAGGAACACGACAACCUCUAAACCAAACUCUUCGCUCGACUGAACAAAGCGUUCAAGCUGUGUAAUCUCCUUCUCAGCUUAAAUUAUCUUGCUUUAUUAAAGCCUUUGCUGUGUUCUCGAAAUAUGCAAUAAAUUACACCACUUAUAUUUCUUCUGAGAGGUUUAUGAACUGUGUUGACUGUCUUGCAUCAUAACAUUCUUGUCUUUUUCAUUUCCUCUUAUGAGUUUAGUUUUAUGACAUGCCUGCCUUAUUUUUCUGGAGGAAAAACGCCUUUUAUACUCUCCAAAUGUAAUGAACUCGUGCCUUGUUUCGUUAUUUACAUUGACCGCAAUUACUUGUGAUUUAUGUAACAAUUGACUGAACCUAAACAUGAUUCGACUGUACUUGUAACGGUUGAUUUCAUCAUCUAUUUUUAAGUAUGAAAGUUUUAACCUCACUACAUUUCUACUCAAUAUACAUUAUUAUAUUUUGUGUUUGAUUAUGCAUUUAGUUCCCUUUUUUUUUUUUUUUUUUUUUUUUUUUUUUUUUUAAAGGAAUUCAUUCCUUUUAUUACAUUCAGGCAUUUCAUUUUAAUUUACAGCAGAAUUUAGAGCCAUAGCAAAACUACUUUAUGAAUUCAUCACGGCCUGCAUUCACAGAAUGAUGCAUUUUGGCAAAAUAUGUAUUAAUAUGCUUGUUGGCAGCUUUUAAAUAAAUCUCACUAUGUUCUGUACGAAAUUUAAAAAUAUAUGAAUAAAGUAUGCACUAUUUCUGAUAUCAUCA